AUGAAGUGCCGCUCCGAUUCGUCAGGCAGCGGUGGCGACGACUCUCGGCCCCCGGCCCCCGCUGCCACGGGCGAGCCAAGUAAGAAGCAGCGGACGGAGGAGCCGUCCCCAAGCUCCAUCGCGGCGGGCGAGUGCUCGUCUUGGUCCUCGCAGGCUCCACCGCCGCCGGUGUUGCCGCAGGACGCAAGAGUGGACGAGCCGGCGCCGCCGCCGCCGCCAGGUUCGGAGCCCGGAGGGGGCGAGCAGGUGAGGGUGCCGGAUCUCGGGGAGGACCUGGUGUUCGAGGUGCUGAUGCGAGCAGAGGCCCGGACGCUGGCGGCCGCGGCGUGCGUGAGCCGCGGGUGGCGCGUGCUGGCGCGGGACGAGCGGCUGUGGGAGGCGGCGUGCCUGCGGGAUUGGGCCUACACGGGAUUCUCCGAGCAGAUGCUUCGCACCGUCGUGCUUUCGCUCGGCGGCUUCCGGCGCCUACACGAGAUGUACAUCCGUCCGGUCCAGCAGCGUGCUGCUGGAGCGCCGCCCGCCGGGCAGCAGCAGAGGCGCCAGUUGCCGGUGAGGAUGGGCCGGGAUCAGGUCCAAGUCUCACUGUCUCUGCUCUCGACCUCGUUCUUUCUGAAGAUGCCUAAUGCUCCUCCACCACCUCCUAAGGACAAGGAUAAAGAUACAGAUAAGAAUGGAGGUGGCCAAUGUGGGUGA